GGCUGCUGAAGAAAGAAUGCCGCUGGUUGAAAAGAGAGGGCGUAACGAACCUCUGAAAAAAGAUCGUCCUAAAUGGAAGAGUGACUACCCAAUGACAGAGGGCCAGCUACGGAGCAAGCGGGAUGAAUUUUGGGACACGGCGCCGGCCUUCGAGGGCCGCAAGGAAAUCUGGGACGCUCUGAAAGCAGCCGCUGUGGCCUUGGAGUGUAACGACCAUGAAUUAGCCCAGGCUAUAGUGGAUGGAGCCAGCAUCACACUGCCACAUGGUACCCUGACAGAGUGUUACGAUGAACUUGGGAACCGCUACCAGCUGCCCGUCUACUGCCUGGCACCACCCAUCAACCUCAUCUCAGAGCGUAGUGACGAAGACCCCAGCGACAGCCCUGAACCCCCAGUAGCAUCCAAGAAGGAAUUCCAGCUCAAGGUGCGGCUGUCCACAGGAAAGGACUUGCGUCUCAGCGUCAGCAUGGUUGACACCAUAGGCCAGCUGAAGAAGCAGCUCCAAGCCCAGGAAGACAUCGACGCCGUCCACCAGCGCUGGUUCUUCUCCGGGAAGCUGCUCACAGACAAGACGCGACUCCAAGACACUAAGAUCCAGAAGGACUUUGUGAUCCAGGUCAUCGUCAACCCACAGGCACUCCAAGCCCCCCAACCAUCACCACCGACAACCACCGCCUCCUCGCCUGUGCCCGAGUAAACGAGGACCGUCGGAGGAGCGAUGCAGUCUGUGAUGGACCAGAGGUGCCUCCCAAUGCUGGAUAACUUAUUCUUCUUGAUAAAAGCUACUGUUACUGAAAGAGAAAUAAACUGUGAGGGUGAAACAAACAAAAACACACAAAGAAGAAACUGAAAAGUGCUGCUUUUUCUUUUUUUUUUUUAAAUGUCCCUGUGUGUGCGCGUGUGUGUUUUUUUUGGGGGGGGGUUCUGCUGAGUCGUUCCAGUCAUCACACUAACCAGAGAUGCCUGUCAUCGUUGCAUAUUAAAGCAGAGCUCCUCGCGCUGGUGUGCAAGCCUUUUCUCAGUGCACAGAACGUGCACAUCAGAGCUGCACAUGCAGACUCUGCCUUUGCCCUUUAGCCUGCUAACAGAGUGCCAACAGAGGAACUGCAGAGGCGUUGGUUCUAGAGCGUAUUUCUGCUAUGACACCUAUAAACUCAGCACUGUUGCUCUCUUUCUCCUCCACAGAAACAGGAAAGCAGGAAAAAAAAACAUGCUGACUAUUCUGAAUUUUUUUCCCUUUCUCUUACUGAGGAAAUUAAGUCAACUGGGCUUUUUUUGCACAUUUAAAGAUUAGUACUAUACUUUUGUGGUAGUUUGUGUGCCUUCUACAAGACAAAAACAGGGGGAGAGAUCACUGCAAUUUUACUGCUAGGCUAAUAUUUUUUUAGAUUCAGGAACCUUUAGAUGGACCUCAGCUAUAAGUGUUGCCUUUAUUUCUUUUACAAGAUUUCGUAAGUCUUGCGGACAGAAUGGUUGUGUAUGUGUGUGGGCGUGCGUGUGUAGAAGGGGGGUGUGCGACAAGAUUACAAAACUGACCCAUAUGAUCCAUUGAGAGUCGAGACUGGACUCGAAGUUAUAGCUUAAGUGAAUCAUGCCAUUCAUUUAAGGGAAAGAGGAAUUCCCUUGCAAAAGGUGUCGUCUUAACCGCUGCGUUGCUGACUGCGCAGUGACGCCCUGACCAGCAGGAGGGAGCAGGACAGGCCUUAUUACAUUUAAUCAGAUCAGUUGUUUAUGGUCACUUGUUUUGUUUUUUGUUUGUUUGUUUAUUCCCUUUCCAUCACCGGAUGAAUGUAAAUCCAGCCUUUUUCCUCUCGAUGUGGUCCGGUAAUGUUGAACAAAAAAAAAGAAAGACGGGACAAAAAGGCAUGUUCUCUUCACCAGCAGGUUUGAUACGGAGCGGCGAGUGAAAACAAAGAGCUCAAGCUGUUUUUUGUUUUUUCUUCGGUAAAACUGGCCAUACCAGUGAUCCCCUACAUAUCAUGACUGCUGCUUACAAGCACAACCCGGGGAUUUCCACACAACGGCCUGUUUGCUUGUCAUGUAAAAGCAGUUGUAUAAGGCCUUCUGUGUGGCAGGAAGGCCCCACAGAGUGAUGUCAACAAAGUGGAUUUGGGAACUAAGCGUUCAUUUUGCAUAUAGCAAACUGGACAUAUGGCAGGUAUGGUCUUAAGCAGGCAGGGAAAGGGAAAUGCAACAUACUACUUUAUGGGAUUUUUUGGGGGGGGGGGGGGGGGGCUUGUACUAAUACUCCUGGAGUUCCCCUUUAACAAGUUUUAAUUUAAUCAUAUUUUCACAGAUCUGACUGGAAAGCUAAAAAUAAAACAAACCAAAAUCUGUGCUUUAAGGCGAGAAUGUUUUUUUUUCUGUGGUGGCUUUCCUGUAAGCUGGUGUCAAUUCAGAGAACAAGGAGAGGUUUUCUCGAGCUUGUUUGUCUGUCUCAGUUUCACACUGAGCGGCGAGCAUGCACUGCCUGUUUUCUUUACAUCAUAGCACAUCUGUUAGUGUUCAUGCCCCGACUCUAACCGGCUCUUGAAGAGCAACAAUAAUUGUUUGGAGGGCAGAGAGCCAUCAGCUUUGUCACCAGCCGCAGCGGUCACCAGAGGAAACAAACGAGUGAGAUGUGAUAUCUGUAUGUAAAUCUGCAGAGUUUGCAGACAAGCUGCAAGAUCUUUGGCAGUGGAACAUUUUCACUUUUAUAGCUGCUAGCAGUCCGGAGUUCACUCGACUUCACUCACCUUAAGCAGCCUUUGUUUGUAUGUACCCGUGGAGAUUAUUAGCUAUCAUCUGGGAACUUUUUAAAUUUAACAGCAUUCAUAAGUGAUAACCAGUGCACAAAAUAGGCUUGGCUGAUGCUGGAAUCCCUGAAAAAUUGGAUGUUGUCCCCAGAGGCUGGACUCCCAGAUUGAUGAGCUACAAACAAAACAGCCCCACAUUCAUCCCCCUCAUGCUGGACAAUCUGAAUCCACUUCAAAUCUCUGUGGCUGUAUUCACACUGGAGCUCAGUGAAGAUGAUUUUGCCUGAAUAAUAGCCAUGGAUCACUCGGUGUGAAAAACACCAUGCUUUAUUACCACAAUCACCCUUUCUUGUAUUUGCAAUCAGAGAUAUGAGACUGCUUUCCUGAGCAGUGUGUUUGCACAAGAGUCUGUUCGUCCCACGUGUAUGGGAGGAAAAAUAAAAGCCAUAAUCCUUAUCAUGACAUUUAUGUCACUGCAGAGCACACACCAGCUGAUUUUCUUUUCUCUUUUUUUCUUCAGUGACUCAUUUCAAACUCAAAGUGCAUUUAAGCUACUUUUGUUUUUUUCAAACUUCAGUUUUCAGUUGUCCUGUUUCUGCACACAAAGGAGGAAAGCCAAAGAUACAAGAGCUCUCUGUGCAUCAGUUCCAGGUCACAUUGCAGAAUAAGCUGGUUCACUGUCACACACAUCCACAGCUGGAGGGGCUUUGUUUUCAUUCUCCGCUCCUGUCGCACAAAUAUCCUGCAUCAUCAGCAUCGUGGAGGUGAUAAAACUGACCUGAGCCACAGCAGCAGCUCACCACAUCAAGAUGAUGUUUCUUCUCUCUUUGUCUAGCCACUUUUCAACCUUGUGGUUCAUUAACUUGUGUGUGUUUUCAGGAUGGUUUUUCUUUCCUCCUUCACCUUUUACCUGUGGUUCCUAAAGGGAUAUGUUUUGUAACUAUCGUAUGCAAACUUGAACAAGCGUUUGUCUCUGUAUGUGCAAUACAAUAGACAUAGACCUCAUCAGUUUCGUGUCUGAUUUCUGCUUAUUGCUGAUUUCCAACAGCACCAGCCAUGAGUAUUGUCAAAAGGUACAAUCUGCAGUGCUGCAAUCACCUGUGUUUGUGUUGUCUCUUUAAAAUGUGUUGCUAGCUGUCACCUUGACCGCCCCGUCCCCGUGGGCUCCUACUAUUUCUAGAGUAAAUAUCUAAAGAUUAAAAUUUGCCUGCGCAGUUCAUUUCAGUGUCCAUUUAGCAUUGUGCGGCGUUCAUCUCAGCCGUUAAGGUUAGUGUCGUCGGACUUGAGGGUGCUCUGCUGACAGUUUUAUUCAUGGCAUCUCCUGUUAUGCCAUUCUUGCUGAAGUAAGCUUGUUUGCUUGCUCCCUGUCUUUGAGACUGUGAGCACUGACCAUUGUCCAAACUUAAUUAAAGGGACCACGUUAUUACACUAGAAAGUGCUUUAAGGUGCCCUCAGAGAACUGCAAACAGAACCCCUGAUUGACAGUAUACAAACAACUAAAGCCCAUCGCCCUCCCAUUAGCUGUUCAAUAUGCCAAUUAAAGGCAAAGUGUAAAUAUCUGCAUGAUUGCAUCCUAGGAGUGUUGUGCAAAGCAUAGCCAGCCAUUUAGUUAUUGCAUUAUCUAGCCCCCUAAACCUAGAACCCUAGUCACAGCCUUGGUUAUUUUUACCAACUGUCUUUGUUAAACCAGGUUCUGUGCACACUCACCAUUAAUUGUAUAAAAUAUGGACAUGGCUUGCAGGACUGAAAACCGAAGCCUAAACUUUAGUGCCUUAAACCUGUAUUGUUUUUAAUGGCCACCAGGGGGCCACAAAAAAAAAAGAUUUCUCAUCGUACAGUGUCAAUGGGAAACCGAUCCUUGUCCAGGUUCAAGGGGAGCCUAAAAACACUGGCUUACCUCGCUAACACAUUAGCAUAGCACACCCCUGCUGGGUUACUCUGGAAAUUCUCUUGUUUGUUAUCAGUCUUUCUGACAUGGUGUUUGCACAUAUAGGUCAUACGGACUUUAAGACCGGUUUGUGUUUUGCGUUGUUGCUCUAAUCACUGUUCUGCAUUUAUCAGCUUUGCGAACUAACCCAGAGAAAAAUGUUACCACUCGCAAUAGUCUUUUCUUUGUCUCAUUAGAUACAAGUUACUAAAAUCUGUUUCUUCUAAACCCAUAAGGAGAUAAAUUAUCUUCUCAACCUUGGAAUAUGAGGAAAAAGAUGAGAUAAAAUUGAAAUUCUGAGGCAUGAGAUUAAGCACUGAUACAAGUUUGUCAGUCGAGUUAUAUUUUGGAUCUCACUCUUGAAGUAACAGCAGUUAAUUCAAGAUAAAGAUGGUUUAAGAUUAUCUGUGAAGAUACAUCACGCAGCCUCAGCACAGGCAACAUGUGUUUAUUUAGCUCCCCCCCCGCCUUCUGUCUUGAACCACUUCACCUCCUUUAGUUUGAGUUGAGUCCAGUGACUCAUCUUUUUCAGCGAAAUGUAAUCACAAUUUAUGAGAAGUCAAGCACUCAAAAAUGUUUGUGACUAUGAGAAGUGAUAGAAGUAGUGCCCAAGUCAACUUUAAGAUAUUUUGGAGCAUCUGGAGAUGUUUUUAAAUGGGAGAGGACUUGAGAUCAGAUCCUUUGACCACACUUUGAGGUGAUUCUCAACUGCAGACUGUAUAAAAAACAUGGACAUAGUUUUCAGGUCUUAACAGUAAAUGGCCUGUAUUUAUAUAGCGCUUUAAUAGUCCCUAAGGACCCCAAAGUGCUUUACAUAUCCAGUCAUCCACCCAUUCACACACACAUUCACACACUGGUGAUGGCAAGCUACAUUGUAGCCACAGCCACCCUGGGGCGCACUGACAGUGACAAUGUGAAUGUGCUUUAAACCUGCAUUCUCUCAUAUAACCAGCAGGGGGCUGCUACAGUCUGUACAGCAGAAUAUGCAUAGAAACUUUGCACGAAAAUCACCCUACUUCUCCCAUGAUCUACAAUCUCACUAAACAUUUUCCUGAUGAACUUUAUGGGCUCGGUCACUAGUUUCAAGUCCACAUUCACACAGUCUGAUGUUCCUUUUGGAAGUUGUGUUUAAUAAGAAUCAAAUUCAUGUUUAUGUUUAUUACGGAUCAUCUCUGGUUUUCGAACAUGAAAAUCCUUGAUGGUCAUAACUUAGGGAUGACAUCACUGCGGCUACGUCCAGCUUUUAUAUACAGUCUGUGUUCUCAUCAGAUGGCGUUUGGUCUCUUUCAUCAUUCGCUGAGCACCCUCAAUGUGUCGAAUUUCAAUCAGGAGCAAUGCAAAUGGACACUGAUUACACACACAAUACCAUGCUUAUGGUCUCAAACUCCUUGGAAUAGUGCUGCGUAUCUGCAAACAUGUAAGACUUGACUGAAAUAAAUGUGUGACAUCAGGCACAUAUGUUCAUGAUAAACAGGAACUAAAUUCCAUGUAAAGCUGGUUAUAAAAGCCAUAAUAAGUGGUGGAUAUUUAUUAAAAUUCUUUUGUUUUGUUUUUUUCUUUUUGUAUUGACACUCCACACAUUACUAUUGCAAAAGUUAAAGCUCUUUAAUUAUUCUGGCACAAGAGCAGCCAUAUGUAAAGCACUCAAAAAAGGAAACAAAAAAAGAAAAAUCGAGAGAUCCUAAUACAUAUUUUUGAAAUUGUCCACACCACCCAAGUGCGUAGGGGAAAAAAAGAGCGUCCUUUAACGAAUAUGUUUUGAAUGACAUCUGCAAAAUAAUUGUACCUUUGUUGGGUUCAUUUUUGUGCUGACUUCUUUUUAAAUCAUGAUUUUAAAUGGUUGAAUAAAAUCAAACUAUUAUA